AUGCCGCCAUCUACUGCACCGGCAAGUCCUGCUGAAACUGUCGUCUUGGUGACGGGCGCCUCUGGUUACGUCGCUUUGCAUUGUGUAAAUCAGCUAUUAGCCGCCGGAUAUCGGGUUCGAGGGACGGUGAGGAGCAAGAGGAAUGAGCAGAAGGUAGCACCCCUCCUUCGGUUGCCACAUGCUAACGAACGGCUUGAACUUGUUGAAGCAGAUUUGUUGAAGCCGGAAGGAUGGGACGAUGUCGUUUCCGGCUGUACGUACGUACUGCACGUAGCCUCUCCCUGGCCAAUCGUAGCUGACGAAUCCACAGUGAAAACUGCCGUAGAAGGCACCCUAUGCGUACUCCGAUCCUCAGCCCGGUGUCGCAGCGUCAAAAAAGUUGUUUUGACCAGCAGCUGCUCGGCCGUCAACGAUGGCCACGAGAAUGAUGAAGCUGUUUUCGACGAGACCUACUGGACAAACCUGGAGCACCCGAAGGUCGAGUAUUAUGCAAAAUCGAAGACAUUGGCUGAGCGAGCAGCCUGGGAAUUUUGGCAGAAUCUGGAUGAAAACAACAAUCGCUUCGAGCUGACAGUCCUCAACCCUACCUUCAUCACGGGACCCGUGCUUUCGGAUGUCGAAAAUGGAAGUUGCACGAUCAUCGGUCGAAUGAUGAACGUCAAAACGUACUUGGCAUCUCCCAAGGCUUGUCUGGGUUUGGUGGAUGUUCGAGACGUCGCCAAGGCACAUAUUCUGGCAAUGACCAAUGAGGCUUCAAACGGCGAGCGAAUCCUCGUCCACGCCGACUCCGGCUGGUUCUCCGACAUUGCCAAGUGGCUGUUCAAGGAGUUCAGGAAGCAAGGUUAUCCGAUCACGUUCAUCACGGCUCCAAAUUGGGUGUUGAAGCUGUACGCCAAGCUCGGCAUCGACCCGAUCGUCGAAGCCGUGCUGCCAAGAGUUGGGCCAGAACUGCGUUUUGAUAACACGAAGUCGAAACAACUCCUCAACAUCUCCUACAUGGAUGUGCGACAAUCCGUGAUCGACAUGAUCUACUCCAUGAUCGAGCACGACAUGAUCAAGUCCACCAAAAAGUACCGAAAACACCAGCAAAAGCACCACUUCAACAAGUCCAAGGUCGAGCCGGUCGGCAUGCUGCAC